AGAGAGCAGUUAGGAAGUAGCACCGUAGUGAAUACACUGUAAUUCUGACCCGUGUUCCACUAUUAGUUCCAUUAGUCUAUUACAGCCCGCAGCCGUAGAGCCGCUUCACCACUGUCGCGCCGCAGAUACACUCUCUUUUCAAAUCUUACCAGCAACAUUCAUUAUCUAUUUGCCUGCGCAGUGCAAUGGAUUUUUAACCAGGGUCUCUACCUAUCUAAUAUCACAGAGCAGCAGAGCCUGCAGUGACCGGACAGGCAGCGGUACACCAAGGUACCAAUCAAUACGACUGGAGACUUCAGAGAAAGGAUAUAUAUAUAGCUGCCUAUAGCUGCUACGAGGAAAAACGUCGCGGAGAAGGAGGCUGGAAUUAUGAAGGUUUGCCACCAUGUCUAAGUCCACAGUGAACAAGCUGCACUGGCGUUCCAAGGUGCAGGAGAGGUCUGUUCCCCUGGGAGACGGGUCUGGAGAGUUGGGCGUUGCCAUCGGGGGCGGCGCUGACUACGGAGAGUUCCCUUUCGUCACCGCAGCACCGGGAGGCGGGACCACGGUGGGUGAUGUCAUACUGGAGAUCGGGGGUACGCCCGUCCUGGGCAUGACGCUAGGAGACGUGAGAGGGGUCCUCAACUCAUGCCCUCAUCCCAUACGGAUUAAAACGGUCUCUCCAGGCUCUACUCUCUGUAAGGACCUGAGGCUGUACCUGAGCAAGUGUUUCACUCCAGGAUCCAUGGACAGCCAACUGCAGCAGGUGAUCAGGGAGAACCUGUACCUCAGAGCCGUCCCCUGUACGACCAGGCCUCCUCGCCACGAGGAGAUAUCAGGAGUGGACUACAAUUUUGUCUCCAUAGAAGAGUUCUUUUCCCUGGAUGAGUCUGGGGCCCUAUUGGAGAGUGGCAAGUUCAAAGGUAACUACUACGGGACGCCCCGCCCAGUCCACAUUGGCCCAGACAGCCCACCAAUCACGUACCAGGAACACCGGAACGUGCUCCGGAACUUCAGGACGCGCAGCAAGUCGCUUAGCAACCUGGAGAAGGCUGUGGAGGAGGGAGAGAACAGUGAGGAAGACUCUGGUCUGUCAGGUAUAGUCACAUACAGCUGUCUAUAAACGGUGUGUUAGCCUGAACAUCGAGACAUCCAUCACAGACGAGACACUGAGAACAAUCACCAGACGUUAGUUUUAUCUUCUGAUGAUCUAAUUUCUCUCUUUUAUAGCUGUAACAAGUAUGUGUGUGUUUUCUAUCCCAGUUUGCUCCCCAAGCUUAACAUUGUUGUCAUCUAUUUCCCACCAGGUGUCCUUGGAGAGUUCCUCAAUGAGCUUGACACCUUGAUAAGCUAAUUUCCCAAUGAACACUCAUCGUACCGGGCGAAUUUAACCUCCUGGCCUCUGGCCCCUUUUAACCUCACCUUUUCCCAGUCCUAUCCCUCUGCCAGGCAUUAUGGUUGACUCCAUCUUCACUAGAGGCUGUUCUCCCACUAAUCUCACUGCAUCCGCCCUCUAUUUCUGAUCACUACUUUGUUUCCUUGUCUCUCCAUCUCUCCUCCAACCCUAGCCACUCAGCCCCUACCCAGAUGGUCAUGCACCACCGGAGGUUUCACUCACUCUCUCUCUCUCUCUCUCUCUCUCUCUCUCUCUCUCUCUCUCUCUCUCUCUCUCUCUCUCUCUCUCUCUCUCUCUCUCUCUCUCCGUCUCUCUCUCUCUCUCCGUCUCUCUCUCUCUCUGUCUCUGUCUCUCCCUGUCUGGGCUCUGGUUAAAAGUAGUGCACUAUACAGGACCCAUAGGGAUCUGGUUAAAAGUAGUGCACUAUACAGGACCCAUAGGGAUCUGGUUAAAAGUAGUGCACUAUACAGGACCCAUAGGGAUCUGGUUAAAUGUAGUGUAGGAUCCGGCCAGCUCCACCUUCCACUCCCUCCUCUCUCCCUCCUAAUCCCUCCUCUCUCCCUCCUCUCUCCCUCCUCAUUCCCUUCUCUCUCCCUCUUCACUCCCUCCUCUCUCCCUCCUCUUCCUCUGUAUCUACUGCUAAAGACGUUUUCUAUCUAAAUCUCCUCAUUCACUCAGCCUACUGAACCCACUGGUCCCACUCACACAGAACUACCCUACGCCUCUCUCUCCAGAAUACCUCCAGCAAAUAGUGAGGUCCGGCCGCCCAACAACCUGCCCACUCGACCCCAUCCCCUCCUCCCUUCUCCAGACCAUCUCUGGAGACCCUCUCCCAUUCUUCACUUCCCUCAUCAACUCAUUCCUGACCCCAGGCUGAGUCCCCUCUGACUUCAAGUUGA